UCAUGUCAUCUAACAUUAUAUAAUUCUAAAUAUUUACAAAAUCAAAUUUAAUAAAAAAACACUUUAGCAAAUCAUUUGUUAAAACAAAAUUAUUAUAUUUACGUUAAAUUAUUUUUUAUUACAUUAAUAUAUUAGAAGUUUCUUUCAUCUCUUAAAAUAUUAUUAAAGAUCAUUUUUUUUCUACCAUGUCAACCAAAUGCCGGGUCACACUUGAUUGCAUGUUUUUUUUGAAGUUUGCAUGCUUUAAAUUAACGAGUUUUCAUUAAAUCUAAACCAGCUUAUGUACAAGUCAUCGUGUUUACUGGUUCGACGACGGGUCCAAACUUGAUAUAAAAGUAUUGUUGUCAUCUAAUUGAAAAUAAUUUAUUUUAAAAUAAUAGACGCACUGAGUCUGAUCAAUCCACAUAAUGUUUUUGAAAAAAGUAAUCAAACGAUUAAAAAUAUAAUUACAUUAACUAAGUAAAUAAAAAUAAUAUUUUUUUUGAUAUAAUAAAAUUUUGUAACAUAAUAAUGUAUAAUAAGACUAAAAUACUAAUUCAUAUCAUAUAUUUUAUCAACUGAAAAAUAAUCCGCGCUUUUAAGCGCGGGUCAAAAUCUAGUACAUAAUUAUAGAUAUGAUGAUAUAUGUAUGUACUUAAGACCGUUUUAUGUAAUGGUCAAACUUAAAAAAUUCAGUUAAAACAGAAAAAAAAAACAGUAAGUUUUAAUUUGUCUUGGACUACUGUAAUUCAAUUUGUGCUUGCAAAACAGUUGUUAAAACUUAAAAGAUGUAAAAUAAUAAAUUUCGUGGGCGUUACUUCUUGUUACAACAAUGCACCUAGCGUUUGUCUUAAAUCUGAACACAAAACUAUUAAAGUAAACAAAUAAUUAUUGAUGUACCGAAAACACCCUUUUCUCUGUAAUCCGCAUCGUAUAAAAUGACUUGUGUCUCUUCAAUAGCUCUCCACAAAAAAACAAAUCAAAGCUAGAAAAAAUAAUAUCAAGAUAAAUGGCUCACACUCUCGAUCUCGAAAGCAUUGUUGAAGCAUUCUCAGGAAAAAAUGUAGGAAUGGGAGUUGAUGAGAAAGCAUUGAUAAGUACACUGGGGAAUUCACACAAGGAUCAUCGAAAGUUGUUUAGGAAAGCAAGCAAAAGUUUCUUUGUGGAAGAUGAAGAAAGAGCUUUCGAGAAGUGCCAUGAUCAAUUUGUCAAACAUCUCAAGCUUGAGUUCUCUCGCUUCAAUAAUGCGGUGGUCAUGUGGUCGAUGCAUCCAUGGGAGAGGGACGCGAGGGUGGUGAAGAAAGCACUAAAGAAAGGAGAUGAAUGUUACAGCCUCAUCGUGGAGGUGGCAUGCACUCGCUCCUCUGAUGAUCUCCUAGGCGCACGCAAAGCUUACCACUCACUCUUCGACCAGUCGAUGGAAGAAGACAUUGCCUCUAACAUCCACGGCUCUCGCCGCAAGCUGCUUGUAGGCCUCGUGAGUGCUUACAGAUACGAAGGGAACAAGGUGAAUGAUGAUUUAGCUAAAUCUGACGCUAAGAUUUUGGCCGAGGCGGUGGCUUCUCCAGGAGAGAAAGCCAUUGAGAAUGAUGAGGUUGUUAGGAUUCUGAGCACAAGAAGCAAACUUCAUAUCCAACAACUCUACAAACACUUUAACCAAAUCAAUGGCUCUGAUCUUCUUGGGGGUGUAUCUGACUCUUCAAUCCUCAAUGAUGCAUUGCUUUGCUUGCUCAAACCCUCUGUGUACUUCAGCAAGAUUUUGAAUGCGUCUUUGAACAAAGAUGCGGACAAGGGUACCAAGAAGUGGUUGACGAGAGUGUUCGUUACGAGAGCGGAUCAUAGUGAUGAGAUGAAGGAGAUCGCAGAAGAGUAUAAUCAGCGCUACGGUGAGACGUUAGCCCAAAAUAUUCAAGAGAAGAUUAGAGGAAACUACAGAGAUUUCUUGCUCACACUGCUAUCCAAAUCGAACUGAUCUCGGUUGAGAAAGUAUUCUCUAGACUUUUUGUUACCAAAAGUUUGAUUUCCUUUUGGUUUUGUGUUUCUAUUCCAACAUUUGCGUUUUCUAUACCCUUUUGAUUUGAUAAUAAAGAGUUCUUGUCGUUGGUGACAUGAUUCAGUGAGAGAAGAAGAGUGUGUUCAUGUUAAACUCAGUUUUCAUGUCUUAUGUUCACAUUUCCAAUAUAUGAAAACAUAACACUUUUAUGCA